AUCAGCAUUCAACAUUGUUGGAGAUGUUCUGGCAUUGGCAACAGUAGAGAAGAGAAAGAAGAAGAGUUAGAACUGCAGAUAUGGCCGAAGGAAGCGAAGGAGAGAAAAACAGAACCAUGAAACGGAUUCUUCUCAUAAUAAACUGUCUCUUACUCGCCGUCGGAACCGCCGGCGGCCCCCUCGUUAUGCGUCUCUACUUCCUCCGUGGCGGCAACCGUGUCUGGCUUUCCAGCUUCCUCGAAACAGCCGGCUUCCCCUUCAUGCUACUCCCCCUCGCCGUCUCUUACUUCCGCCGCCGCGCAGCGGCGGUAGCGGCGGGGACCGCUAAACCCAGUCCGGUCUCGAUGAAACCCCCUCUCCUCGCGGCCUCCGUCUUCAUCGGAGUCCUCACCGGCCUCGACGACUAUCUCUACGCCUACGGCGUGGCGCGCCUCCCCGUGUCCACGUCAUCACUCAUCAUCGCCACACAACUCGGCUUCACCGCCCUGUUCGCGUUCCUGCUGGUGCGCCAGAAGUUCACCUCGUACUCCGUGAACGCAGUAGUUUUGCUUACAGUCGGCGCCGGCGUUCUGGCGCUCCACAGCAGCGGAGACCGCCCCCCCGGCGAGUCCGUGAAGGCCUACGUGAUGGGGUUCGUGAUGACAGUAAUCGCUGCAGCAUUGUACGGCUUCGUGUUACCCAUGGUGGAGUUGGUGUACAAAAAAACCAAACAACCCAUUACCUAUUCCCUUGUCAUGGAGAUUCAGUUCGUGAUGUGCUUCUCCGCAACUCUCUUUUGCCUCAUCGGCAUGAUCAUUAACAACGACUUUAAGGUGAUUCCGAGAGAAGCUAAAACAUUCAAGCACGGGGAAGUUAAUUAUUACGUUGUGUUGGUGGGGAGUGCAAUUAUAUGGCAAGCUUUUUUCUUGGGAGCUAUUGGGGUUAUUUUCUGUGCGUCGUCUUUGUUUUCUGGUAUUUUGAUUGCGGUGCUGCUACCCGUAACGGAAGUGUUGGCGGUUAUUUUCUACAAAGAGAAGUUUCAAGCUGAGAAGGGUGUUUCUCUGUUUCUGUCGCUCUGGGGCAUGGUGUCUUACUUCUAUGGGGAGAUUAAACAUGAGAAGAAGAUGAAGAAAAAGAAGAGCAGCGACAUGGAAGCAACAGAGAUGCCUGAAAAGGGAGUGAUUGAAAAAUGAGAAUGUACUGUUUAUGUUAUUGGUUGUUGUGAAAUCUCGGAGAACAUUAUGGUAGUAUAGAUUUUUCUACUAUGUUUGGUUGUGGUGUUGUUCAUAAAAAGUAUGGUCACAUAUAAGGCAAUACUAGAUAAGAAUCUAUGUAUUCGAAUU